ACCCACGCCGCCUGCGUUGGAAGCACAGAGUCUCGACCACUGGACCGCCAGGGAAGUCUAAUAUGUACAUUUGCUUAAUACUUUGUCUUCUAAAUGUUCUCAGGCUUAAUCCACACACCCUGUGGGAUAGGUAUUAUUCCUAAACCCAUUUUAAGGAUUAUUUAUGUAAAGGUCAGAGAGGUUAAGAGUCUGGCAAAGGGCAGACUGGAAUUCCAGAGUUUGUGCUGGGGACCCUAGACUUCCCAUUCUUCAGCUCAUCCUAGAGCGAGUCCCUGCUCUUUGUCAGCCUGUUUUGGAUGACAACGUAGGGGGAUGGGGUUGGUGGAUAUCAUCCAACUGGGGAAGUUGCCUCUUCCAGGGCCAUCCUCAAGCCAAUGUCAGUUUGCAACUUAUAAAAGGAAAACUAACAGCUGAGACACGAAACCUGCCACAGGAAGGGUGCCUGAAAGCCACACCCAUUAAGGGGGCACCUGACCUUCCCGUCAUCACUCAGUGUCUGGGGUGCCCCAGCCGCAGUACACAGCCUCAGUAAAGAGGAGCUCCGGUCCCCAGGAGCCAGACACCCCUGGUUUCCUCUCCACUCUGGUCUUUUAUUCCACAAGGGACUGGAGAGGAGUGUCCUUAAAGAAGGGUGAGUGUGCCAGCAGGUACGUAGUGCCUAGCUGUAUGCCUAGCCACCAGUGGUCCUCUCAAGACAGACAUGGAAGUACCCCUGGAGCUGUUUAACACCCCAGCUUCUAGUUUGAACUCCUUUAUGGCUCAGUGCCAGCAUAACAUCAAGGAGUGGAAAGAAGGCGUGCUGAAGGCAGUGCGGACCGUGCAGAAGUUCCUGAGGAAGCAGCACUUCCAGGGGGACCAUGGGCUGGACCAGAAGGUGCUGAAGAUGAUCCAGGUGGGCUCCUUCGGGAAUGGCACGGCGCUCAGGAACCUCACGGAGGUGGAGCUGGUGGUGUUCCUGCGUUUUAGCAGUUUCCAGGACUACAACCACCACGAGCAUGUUCUGAGCAUGCUUUAUGAAAAGCUCACGGAUUGCCCAGAUCUGCUACACCUCCAGCCCCAGAACCUGAGGCUGGUCCACGGAGUCACCUCUGCUGUCGCCUUCACCAUUCAGACCUGGGAGGUGGAAGAGCAAGUCACAGUCGCCAUCGUGCCGGCCUACAGAGUCCUGAGUAAGGGAUCUUCUGUUCCCAACUUUCAGCCUUCCCCAGAGGUCUAUGUGGGACUGACUGAGGCCUGCCCUAUUCUUGGACAUUUCUCCCCAUCCUUCAGCGAGCCAAACUUCGUGAAAUACAAGCCAACCAAGCUGAGGAGCCUCCUGCGGCUGGUAAAACACUGGUAUCAACAAUAUGUGAAAGCCCAGUGCCCUAGGGCGGAGCUGUCCCCAAUGUAUGCCCUUGAGCUACUGACCAUCUAUGCCUGGGAAACGGGUACAAAGGAGAGCGAGCAUUUCAGGUUGGACAAAGGCCUGGUCACAGUGCUGCAGCUGCUCAUAGAGUAUCAGCGCCUCUGCGUCUACUGGACCAAGUACUACACGUUGCAGAACCCGAUCAUUGAGGACUUUGUCAGAAACCAGCUCAAAGAAAAGAGGCCCAUCAUCUUGGAUCCGGCUGACCCCACCUACAACGUGGCAACAGGCUACAGAUGGGAUACAGUGGCUCAGAGUGCCUGCUGUUGCCUGAAACAGUACUGUUGCUAUGACACACCGGAAGGUGGACUUAACCCCUCUCUCUCCUCUCCCUUCCAGUUUGCCCGAGACAUCAAGGUGACAGUGGAACGGUGGGGUCAUGUGGAUUUCAUCAUCCAGGUGAACCCUUAUGAGUCCAUACAGGAGCUUAAAGAGAAGAUCCAGCGUAAGCUGGAGUCCUCGGCCCCCCAGCGUCUGUCCUUCCAGGGGCCUGGUGGGGAGCAACAGGUCCUCAGGACCAUAUCCUCCUUGGCAGAUUACAGUAUCUUCUCUGACACUCGAGUCUCUCUGCUGCAGACCUUCCCUCCCCGGAUGCAGGUCUUCCGGAAGAAUCACAGCAGGGGGAGCCACGCCUAUGCCAUUUACUCCAGCAGCUUGGUCCUGGACCUGAAGUGUCAGAUUGAAGUGAGGGAGGGGCUACUCAGAAAGAAGCAACAGCUAGAGUUCCAAGGCCAAGUCCUGCAGGAUGAGUGGAGUUUGAGUUGCUAUGGUGUCCGAGACAGCACCACCCUCAUCCUCUCCAAAAAGACAGUUGGAUAGGUUCCAUUUCCACCCAGCCAGUUUCCUCUGAAACAUCUCCCUGUGCAUUUUUGCUGUUUAAUCUAGGGCUCAUCUAUUUCACCUAACCUUGCCAGUAGACAGCUGAUGAGGGAUAUGAGACUAGAUAUGCAAACCAACAAUGGCCAGAGCAUAUUCGACAACAGAAUUCUGACCCACAAGCUCUGUAGCCACCAGCCUGGAAGCCAAACCAUAGUAUCAAUUAACUGGAAACCAACGGGAUUUGGUCAACAACUACUAGAUUCUCUAUUCCCUCCCUUCCAAUUUAGGACUGAUGAAAGAAAGCCAAACAAGGUCCCUGACCAAUCUUAUAGAAUGCUCUGCUUCUAAGUAGCCCACUUCCAGCUUCCCAUGCAAACAACCUCAAUCAGGGUAUACCUGAAGCCUUCUCUUUAUGCCACUAUAAAGCUGUCUCACCGCCCUCCUUGCCUUGGUGUCUCUGCCAAAGGCAAGGGAUGGUGGCUAACUCCCUGGCUAUAGUGAGGUGGGAAUAAAUAAUCUUCAUUUGUU